AUGUUUGUGUCAGUAUAUGGAGUAUAUGGUUGGAAUUCAUUUGAGAAAGUAAUAAAAAUGUAUGAUUUUGAUAAUAAGUAAACAUUAAGUGCUCCAAAUGGAAUGUGUGUAAUUUCAACAUUAAUCAUCAUCAUCAACCCUAGUUAUGUUAUUGUGUCAAUUUGGACAACAAAAAUAUAUGCAUUAAGUAAAUACAUGUACCAACAAAUAAAUUCCUUUGUGAUAGUACAAUGUCUGAACAAGAUAUUAGAAAUGCAGCAGAAGAAAUGCUCCGAUCAAAUGAAUAUUAUACCAAUCAAACUGCAGGUGAUAUAUCACAUUCCCACAGUAUCAACACAAUCACUUCUGUGAGACCUGAAUAUAUAAUAUCACCAGAAUUCUUUACAGGACAAGCACUGAAUGGACGAAUGUCCAGUGUGCGAAGGUUUUUUUGUUUAUUUGUUACUUUCGAUUUACUCUUUACUAUUCUAAUGUGGCUUAUUUGUAUUAUGCUGAAUGGUGACAAUAUAUUAUCAGCAUUAUCUAAGCAGAUCUACCAUUAUGAUGUACACACAUCAUUGUUUGAUGUUAUUUUGCUGGCAAUCUUUAGGUUUAUAGUGCUCUUGUUCUUUUAUGCUGUUCUCUAUGUUAACUCUUGGGUGGUGAUUGCUAUUUCCACAGCAACAACUUGUGCUCUUCUGAUUGCAAAAGUAUUUGUCUAUGAUUUUCAGACAACAAACCAACCUGUGUUCCAAGUACUCCUGGUCUUGAUAUCAUUCGUGCUUUCAUGGGGUGAAGCCUGGUUUCUAGACUUUCGAGUAAUUCCACGAGAAUUCGACGCUCGUCAAUACGUAAUCGCGUCUACCGAUAAUGAGCGGUCGCCAUUGAUCCGGAAUUAUGUCCAUGGAUAUCCAUCGAUGUAUACUGAUAGUGUUGCCAAUUUCUACUCGCCCUUGGGGUCCAGGGAAGGUUCUCUGCAAGGCUUCGAAGCCAUUCCAAGAUUGCGCAAAUUUCCACCUAUACGAUUAACGGAUGAUCAGGAAAAGAAUUAUUGUGAUUUGGGUGCAAAGGUCCUGGUCGAAUCAUGGGAAAUGUUGAAUAGCGAUGAAUGGAAGUGUAUUAAAGAGUUUCACAACGACGUAAUCGAAGUAAUGGAAUUGUCAAAGGUCGGAAAGAUCUUCAAGUUGACUGGUGUGGUGAAGAAUACAGCUCGUUGCCUAUUGGACGAGUUGUUUUAUCGCGUCGAGAAUAUACCAAAAUGGAAUCCUGCUUUGCUGGAUUCGCACAAGGUGCAGACCAUAGAUGAGAAUACAGACAUAUGCUACCAGGUAUCCGCGGAAGGGGCUCGUGGUGCCGUCUCAAGCAGAGAUUUCGUUACCCUUCGCCAUUGGGGCCUUAUAGAAGAUACCUACCUAAUUGCCUGCGUCGCCACCGAACAUCCAUCAGUGCCUUCAAACGAUAAAUAUAUUAGAGGUGAAAACGGCGUAGGUUGCCUAGCUAUGAGACCACUGAAAAGUGAUAAAGACAAGAGCCAGUUCCAAUGGGUCUUCAAUACGAAUCUAAAAGGUUGGUUACCGCAGUACAUAUUGGACACAGCCUAUGUGUCAAUGAUGUUCGAUUACAUCAAAAAUUUAAGGGCUUACGUGGAGCAGUCGACGAACGUCAAGGGAACAUGACUUAUCUACGUUUUAAACAAGACUUUUCUCUCUCAAUUCGGUCCAUAUAGAAUAUAAAAAUAUUACUAAGGUUUAAUCUGUGAUUCAUCCCGAAACAAAAAUGUAAUAUCGAUUUAUAAUAUAUUUCUCAUUUUAGUGUAUACAUAAUGAAUUUAACUCUAGAUGUUCUAU